GGUGCGGACAUGAAACCAAGUGUCAAUCCUCGCAGGUGGGACUUCGCCCCCAGUAACAGUUGUACAGGGCAUUGGGGGCAGCCUAAAGUGACAUAGCCCGGGUGCAGCUAAUGGCAAUCCCUUGAGAAGAACAGAGAAAGGGAAAAUUGUUUUUGUGACCCAGUUCCAGUGCCCAACUUGCAUCUGUACCAGGGAAAUGAUAUGUGCAAAUUAUUUGCAUGCCCAGGACCGAGGUGGGCCAAGAUCGUUAAGACGGCGACCUCCAACGGGCUCCACUGGUCGGUUCGACAAAGGUCGUUGCCGUUGAACAGCUUGCAGAAGAGCGGGGAAGAGGAAGGGGAAGGGGAAGGGGAUCUCCUGUUGCCACGUCAGCACUCGGCGCGCAGUGAUCGGUAUUUGUCGCUUCUGUGGAAGCUGUCGAUCGGCGGUCGCGGAGUGACUGAGGUCACUCCGCGAAGGAGCUGGGGUUGGUUGUUCGGCGGCGGGGGGGGGGAAUGCCGCAGCUCCUCCCUCCUCCCAUCUGUUGCUACCUCCUCUGCGUGUGCGGGCAAAAUGGGGCGUGAGUCGUUGAACAGAUACGCGUGCAAGCUGGUUGUGUUUAUCUCAGUGAUUGGAUUCCUAUGGAACCUGUUCAUUGUGUUCUUCAUCUUCAAUGGAGACAAUACGACGGAGCAGAAGCUCGAUCUCUGGGAUGACCCGUCCAGUCGAGGAUAUCGACCGUGUGUGCAGCCAUCGUCAAACUAUUCGCGUCCGAGUGAGGAAGCGACGCGGUUCCUAGUGGCAACAUGCAACGGUGGUUUGAACCAAAUGAGAGCAGGGAUCUGUGAUAUGGUGGCGGUGGCACGUAUACUGAACAUAACUCUGGUUCUGCCUGAGCUUGACAAAAAAUCAUUUUGGCAGGACGACAGUACUUUUGCAGAUCUUUUCGAUGCAGAGUAUUUUAUAGACAGCCUGAGAGGUGACAUCAACAUUGUUCGCAAGCUCCCUCCUGGAUUCAGUAAGGCUCCCAGAUGCCGAAAGUCCUUUCGAAGUUGGGCCCAUGUUUGGUACUACGAAACGGAAAUCGUGCCUCUCCUCGAGCAGUGCCAGAUUUUGCGCGCUACGAAGACAGAUUCGCGGUUAGCGAAUAACGAUCUGCCACUUGAUAUUCAGAAACUUCGCUGCCGAGCGCAAUUUGAUGCCUUGAGGUUCGCGAAGCCGAUUCGGGAACUUGGUGAGACUCUUGUCCGCAGGCUACGGGCUAGGGGCCCCUUCUUGGCCCUUCAUUUGCGAUAUGAGAAAGACAUGCUCGCAUUUAGCGGUUGCAAUCACGGACUGAACAAGUCACAAGCGGAAGAGCUACGGCAAAUCAGGUUGAGGACAGCACAUUGGAGUGAGAAGGAGAUCGACUCGGAGGCUGAGCGUAUAAAUGGGAGAUGUCCGCUCACUCCUGAAGAGGUCUCGUUGAUGCUCGAGGCAAUGGAAUUCCCCAGAAACACGACCAUAUACAUUGCAGCAGGGGAAAUAUAUGGUGGGCAACAGAAAUUGACACCAUUAAGGCAGCGCUUUCCAAAUAUCAUUCGCAAGAAUGAUAUUGCAACCCCUGAAGAGUUGGCUCUGUUCAGAGGGCACGGCACACAACUAGCCGCGCUGGACUACAUGGUGGCGGUGGAGAGCAAUGUUUUCAUUGCGACGUACGCAGGACAUAUGGCACAAGCUGUGGAAGGGCACCGGCGUUACAAUGGCCACCGGAAGACGAUCACACCGGACAGAAAAACGUUGGUAGCCCUCUUUGAAGAUUACUAUGCUCAAGACAUCUCAUUUGAGCAGCUAAAGGAGAUGGUCUAUCUCGCACAUCUGGACAGGCAAGGUGGGCCAAGAGAGCGCUUUAUUGACACUGUUCCGGGGUCUCGGGGAAAGGAUAGGUAUCGCUCCGAAAAGCCGUUCUACGCGAAUCCCCUGCCUGAAUGCCUGUGCAGAGUCCCCGACAGGCAGCAAGCUGACUUUGCUUAGUCUAUGCGGUUUCGAGCUGAUCUAGAGAGGUUGGAGAAAAUAUGCGAUGAGCAUGUAAGUGUAUUGAUUGCAUGCAUCGAAUCAAUCCCCGCCAAGAUCAAUAUGCAGAUGGAUGAUUUCGUCUUUAAAAGGGUGAAGAUACAUCAACGGUGCAGCUGAAGUCAUGCUAUUAUUCAACGGUGGAAGCGAUGAUCGUCUUUUUCGUUUCCUACCCUGUGAGGACUGUAAGGACAUCCUGGACCCCUGGAAGGACGGGUGCGGGAAGGACGGGCCUGGACGGGUGUUGGGCAGGAACAAUGGUGGAGGGGUGCAGAGGUGGGGCGAGAGUCGAAAUGCUGCAGUGCAGCGAAGCGACUCGUAUAUCGAGUUCGAAUUGGGCCCAUUGCGCCGGCUCACAUUGGGCCGACUCUGUGGGCUCACAUUGGGGGCCCGCUAUGCCGGCCCUAUGGUGGUGAUCGCUUCUGUCCGGCCACUCUGCAUGGCUUCCGCUUUAGGCACGAGUGACGGAAACAGGGAAGGUGUUCCGUUCCAUCCAUCCAUUCUCACGCAGAAGAACAAGAGUUCGAAUCCAGUUCGUUACGCGGAUUUUGUACAAACUGGAACGAAAUCGGGAACUGCAGGAGACGAACAGGACCUUGAGACAACCAACAAUGAGAGCUCAUGAACACUAUUGAAAUUUGAAAUACAGAUCUGAAUUGAAAUCCGCAGGACUCCGAGACGGUGAGACAUAUACGAAAGCUACAACUGCUGCGCUAAAAAUCGCAAACGACCCAACUUCAGAUUUGCAAAAUGUACUCUGUGCGCCACAUCGAGUCUGCCAUGGUCGUCGCUCUCUUGUCUUUGAUAUACCACACAGAAUGUGUGGAACGGGAUAUAAAUAUAAGUCGAGAAGCCGAAGGAGAGGUAAGACGAGGAAUGUUGUUGUUUCCAGCAAUGAUGAAAACUUCAGCUUUAGGUACCGAUAUGUUGAGAAAUCGGGAAUGCAAAAGUGGUUCGUAACUUCGUACGUUAUUUUUUGUGCUGCAUGCAGCGAAUAAGGUCAGCGAUGGUGAUUUUGACGUAGUGGUUCGUACGCUAACACGAUGCGAUGCGUCCCCGACUUCAAAUCUUCAGCGGCAAGGAAAGGGCAAAGCAGCGAAUAUGGUUUCCUGUCAAACUGGUAAGCGAACUCUGGGCGUAUUCACACUAGGACUUUUUUAAUUAAGUUUUUUGACUUUUUGACGUGACUGCGGCCAGAUACAUCCUCGUCGGGCUCGUCCGGGGGGCUUGUUUCUUCUCUGCCCGUUGCUCUGUGUCUGAAAUAAGUAUAUCUGUCCUGGAUUGGCUGAGUGGCAUACAGUACUCUAUGCACGUAACUUCCAGUGAAGAGAUGGAGGAGUUCAAAUUUCCAACUUAAAUCUUGUCCCGACUUAAGAUCCUGUUGACAUCGGAUGGAUAUGAUAGCCGUUCGGGCUCCCCUUUUGGACCGCCAAUGUACCUCCUGAGCUUCCUCUCUCGAAUGAUCGAUUUUGCGAGGGGCUGCUGUGAGGGCCUCCUGAGCUUCCUCUCUCCAAUGAUCGAUUUUGUGAGGGCCUGCUGGGUGCUGCCAACAUGCCCUGAGCUCUGAAUCGUCAUCUGAAUCGUCAUCGUUGUGAGGGCGUGCUGUGUGCCGCCAGCCUUUUUGGUCCGAGAGGUGGAGCCCGGUUGCAGGGCGUCAGCCAAGCCCAACUGCGGGAGAGCUGGACGGGUUACUCGUGUUUUAGAAAGAACGGAUAGUGGACAUGUCAAAAGUGCUUUCCUGGGAGGGGGGGAAUAAAAAGAUUCGGUGCGAAUGGAGAACUCAAUUGCGACCAGUAUCGAGAGAGUGGUGCAAGAGAAGCAACAAUGACGGAAGUCGAGCUUUCGGCCAGUCGUCUCAGUUUAACCAGUGGGUCAGACAAGUGUCUAACAUCUGCAUCACAGCUGUGCACUGGGACAUGUUGGCGGUGUUGAAUCGUUUCUCCACUACUCAACAUUCUACAUGCAUUUGGACGCCUUUCUGGGCCAGGUGCAUUUGCAGGAGUCCAUUUUUUUCAAUGUAUUGGGACGAUUGUAAGCUCAAGAAUCCAAAUACAAUACAUAUGUAGAGCGUUGUGUAGUGGAGCGAGGCCCAAUACACUACCAGCUGCAUCGCAGCUUUGCUGUCAAGCAGCAGCAGCAUGCAAAACUGUGUUUUUCUGUCCAGCUCGUUGUCCGCUUCGCCAGGCUUUCCCGAAACAUGUGUGUGUGUGUGUGUGAGAGAGAGAGAGAGAGAGAGAGAGAGAGAGAGAGAGAGGGCUACACUGUAUGAGAUCAUGAGCUGUGUGUUGCCCUCUGAGCCCCUCUCCUCACAGUAGCAAGGAUGAAAUUGGUUACGAGGUGUGGCUGCUGGAUGCAGGAUAUAGCUUUGAAGAGCUGAAAGGAGAGAAUAGAACAAGUGAAUCCUGAUGGGUACAGUCACUACAGUGAUGUUAGGGGGCAACCCUCUUUUUUGUUGUCUUUAAAACUUCAGAGGAAAAUUAAAUAGAAAAAGAUUUGGCUGAAGAGUACGCAGGGAAAGUUGCACCAAUUCGUAUUUUGCGAUAAUUUUGUGAA